UCUCUCUACUACAAGAGCGGGGACUCCCCUAAAACGUGGUCACUUCAACCUCCUGGCCGAUUCACAGAACCUUGGAAAACAUUUCCCUAUAAAUUCAACCCUCUGUCAUUGAGGGAAGCAAUCGGCACGCGGAAUCUCUCUACAACAAGUUAAGAGUGACUCCAAAGAAGAGGUACCCUGAAGUUGAAACAUGAAGUUCUGCAAGCCAAGCCUGAUGCUAACAGUUGUUUUAGCUGUCGCGAUGUUGGGGCUAACGGAAGCGAACAACAGCACUCCCCGACUGGCGCCCGUACGGCUCUGCGGGCGAGACUUCAUCCGAACCGUGGUACGAGUGUGCCCGGACCAGGGGAGAAGGAGGAGAAGUCUGGAAGAAUUUGAGAUCCCGAAAUCCGAGACUUCUCAAGAAGCAGGAAAGACGGGAGGAAAGACAAAAGGUUUGGCAGACGUACUCGGAGUGCGGAAGUGGAGAGAAGCCCACAGCCUGACAAAGCGGAACGUCCGGUUGGCGGAGCGGUGUUGUCACCAGGGAUGCACCAUAGCUGAGAUAGCGGAGAGCGUCUGUUUCUGAUGAAGGCAUCGUUCUAUUUAGCCACCCCCUACCCCCCUUAGUCUCCACCAGACAAA